GCCCGGAGCUUGGUAGCGACCCGCCGCCGCCCGCCAUGAACGGCUCCCUGCGGCCGCGCGCCAGCAGCUGGCGGCGGGCAGCCACCGUCGUGCUGGCGGCCGGCUGGGCGCGCCCGAGCCCUGCUGCGCCGUCGCUGCCCCCCGAGGGCUUCCGGCUGCUGCUGCUGCAGCGCUCCGGGAGCCAAGGCUUCCUGCCCAAGGCGCACGUCUUCCCGGGAGGCCUGGAGAGCACCGCAGACAGCUCGGCAGACUGGCUGCGCCUCUUCGCGCCGCAUCACCGGCCGCCGCGCUUCGGCCUGGCGCCCGCACGGUCGCGGCCAGCCUCCUUCCCGGGGCUGCCGGACGCCCCCGUCGCCGCCGCCGCCGUCAGGGACGCCGCGGCGCUGCCGGAUGACGUCGCCUCCCGCAUCUGCGCCAUCCGCGAGGCCUUCGAGGAGGCGGGCGUGUUGCUGCUGCGGCCCCGGGCCGCCCUGCCCGCCGUUCCCGAGUUGGGCCGGGCGCUCGCGCCGCCACCGGGCCUGGACGCUUGGCGCGACCGCGUCCGCCGCGACCCGCGCCACUUCCUGAGCCUGUGUGCGCACCUCGACUGCACGCCCGACAUCUGGGCGCUGCACGACUGGGGCGGCUGGCUCACGCCGUUCACGCGCCCCGGCGGCCGCCGCUACGACACGGCCUUCUUCUUGUGCUGCCUGAGCGAGCCGCCGCCGGUCUUCCCAGACUUGACCGAGGUGGUGAGCUGCCAGUGGUCAUCUCCAUCAGAGGCAACUGAGAGUUUCAUAUCAAAGGAAAUUUGGUUUGCACCUCCACAAUUCUAUGAAAUAAGAAGACUGGGAAAUUUUGCCUCUCUCUCUGACUUGCACAAGUUUUGUUUGGAUGGUGCAUCAGAAGAAAUGGAAAGAUGGCUGCCAAUCACAUUUUUAACUGCUGAUGGAAUGCUCGAGCUUUUACCAGGAGAUGAGCUGUACUUAGAAGAUUCAGAAUUUUUAGAAAAUGCUAUGUCCACUGGAAAAAAGACUGAAGAAAUCAUGAAGGAAGGCAAGAUAUUUCACAGACUCGUUUUACACAGCCGCCAUGUGUAUAAUCUCCACGUGACUGUCCAGUCAAAGUAUAAACAUGUUUAUCCUAAGACCUAUAUAAUAAGUAAGAGCCAUUUGUAGA